UCCCGGGACCGGACUCUGUGUCUGCUGGCCGCUGCUCUCCUCAUCCACGUGUCUAUGCAGGGCGAGCAUCAGCGACGUCUGUACAAAGACUUAAUGAGAAACUACAAUCCUCUGGAACGACCCGUUUAUAACGACUCGCACUCGCUCACCGUUCACUUCAGCUUCAGUCUGAUGCAGAUCAUGGACGUGGAUGAGAAGAACCAGGUUCUGACAACCAACAUCUGGCUUCAGCUGUAUUGGAGCGACUACUAUCUGCAGUGGAAUACGAGCGAUUAUCCCGGCGUGAACACGGUUCGCUUCCCAGACUCCCUCAUCUGGAGGCCCGACAUCCUGCUGUAUAACAGUGCUGAUGAGAGGUUUGACGCCACAUUUCACACAAACGUGCUGGUCAACUCAUCUGGAUACUGUCAGUACUUGCCACCAGGUAUCUUUAAGAGCACCUGCUACAUCGAUGUGCGCUGGUUCCCGUUUGAUGUUCAGCGGUGUGAUCUAAAGUUCGGCUCGUGGACGUAUGGCGGAUGGUCUCUGGACCUGCAGAUGAUGGAGGCCGAUAUUACCGGAUACAUCGCUAACGGGGAAUGGGACCUGGUUGAGGUUCCAGGCAGAAGGAAUGAGAAGUUCUACGACUGCUGUAAGGAGCCGUAUCCUGACGUCACCUUCACUGUGGUCAUGAGGAGAAGGACGCUGUACUACGGCCUCAACCUGCUGAUCCCGUGCGUCCUGAUCUCCACUCUCGCGCUGCUGGUGUUUCUGCUGCCCGCUGACUCUGGAGAGAAGAUAUCGCUGGGAAUCACUGUGUUGCUGUCUCUCACCGUCUUCAUGCUGCUGGUGGCCGAGAUCAUGCCCGCCACCUCUGAUUCAGUGCCUCUGAUUGCGCAGUAUUUUGCCACCACUAUGGUGAUUGUGGGUCUGUCGGUCAUCGCUACAGUCCUGGUGCUGCAGUAUCACUAUCAUGAUCCAGACGGAGGAAAGAUGCCGCGAUGGACACGCGUUAUCCUCCUGAACUGGUGCGCCUGGUUCCUGCGCAUGCGGCGACCCGGCGAGGAGCGGAUCCAUCUGGCCUGCCACAACAAACCCCCUCGGCGCGGGAGCGUGUCCAGCGUGGAGCUCUCUGUCAGCCAGGGGGCGCUGCAGCCCAGCAACAUGCUGUACAUCGGCUUCAGAGGCAUGGAGGGAGAAGACGUGCUGUUGCCGGGGGCGACCAUGCCCUCACUCGGGGGUGGGGCCGGAAUCAGGGGGCGGGUCAACGGUGGCAUUGUGGGCGGGGCUUUGGAACUGGAACUGGCUAAAAUUCUGGAGGAGGUGCGAUACAUUGCUAAAAGGUUUCGCAACCAGGAUGAGGACGAGAACGUGUGUAAUGAGUGGAAGUUCGCGGCGGCGGUAAUCGAUCGCUUGUGUUUAAUGGCGUUCUCCAUUUUCACUAUCCUCUGCACCAUCGGGAUCCUGAUGUCGGCACCAAAUUUCGUAGAAGCCAUCUCGAAAGAUUUCUUCACCUGA